AUGGGACGCACAGAGCCAUCUAUCGGCCGACCGCCAGCGGCGUUUCGCAAGGAUGCACGCUCCAAAAAGGCCAAAGCAACCAUCAAUAAGGUUAUCCCCUCCCUCCUCACUGGAUAUCCAGGUGCUCAGAAAGGGAUCAGUUCAGCAGAGCUCAUACCUUUUAUCAACACUACACUCUUGCCUGAGCCAUACGGGAAGCUUUUGAAGAAACAAGAGGACAAGGGUGAUGCAGCAACUAAGGGCAAAUCUACAGAAGGCGCUGAAGAUCCCCACGAUGAUUUGGCAAAGCUCAAACCACCAAGAAUCUCAAUCAGGGAAGUCGAUACGCUUGUUGCUGCAAGAGACCUUCUCAAUAUUGAGACACCGACGGGCGUCAGAACAGAUUUUGUUAAUACCAGAGCUCGUGUGGCCAUCUUGAACAUGGGUUCGCCUCUGAACCCUGGAGGCGGAUUUCUAAACGGCGCAAACAGUCAGGAGGAAUCAUUGUGCAUGCGCACUACAUUAUAUCCUUCUCUCAAGGAUGAGUGGUACCGACUCCCCGAACUUUCUUCGAUUUGGACUCCGACGGUGUUGGUCUUCAGAGAUGAAGAUGGGAAUGAUAUAGACAAGAAAGAUCGGUUCUACGUCGACUGCAUCACGGCAGCGAUGAUCCGCGGCCCGGAAUUCGAGCUUGACGAGGACGGAGUGGCAUCGUACGCCAACAAGAAGGAUCGCGACACCGCGCAAGCUAAGAUGAGGGCCGUUAUGCGGAUUGCUAUGGUCAAAAGGUGCAAACGGCUUGUACUUGGAGCUUGGGGCUGCGGCGCGCACGGAAAUCCCGUUGGCGAAAUAGCAAGAGCUUGGAAAUCUGUGCUCACUCCAAAAUACGAUAAGUCAAAGCUAAAGGAGCGAUGGGAAUACGUUGAUGAGAUUGUGUUUGCAAUCAAGGAUCACAACAUGGCGCAGGCUUUUGCGGAAGCUUGGGGUGACGGUAUCGAACUGCAGGAGGAAGAAAAGAAUGAGACGAAGGAGGAAGAAGAGAAAGACGCCGAGGAAGUUGAUCCGGCUGAUGUCAAAACGCAGGAGUUGAAAGUGAAGAUCAGGGAGCUAGAGGACAGGAUUCAGAGGGUGAAUAAUCCCAAGGUCCUGGAUGGCUUGAAAGCUAUUCUUGAUGGGCUGGAAAAGCAGCUCCCUGAAGAGGAGUCGGAGGAUGAGGCACUGACUCAGGACAGUGAGUGGGAACAUGUCAAAGCUGAAGGCACCGGAUCUAGCUGA